AAGAAAAUAAAAUGCUCACUGACAUUGAUGAUAGUAAUACAGUGUGGGCAUUUAAUGCAUUUGGUUUACCCACUAAAUUCUCUAACUCACUUCCCCUAUCCCUACUCCAUCUUCUCCGCUUUCUUUGUCAAUUCCCCCCAGCUCUCAAUGAAGGAGUACUUAUAUACACACACAAGAUAUUUCCUAUUCCUAUUCCUAUUCCUAUUCCUAUUCCUAUUGUAGCAACAAGUUAACUGCUUCUGUCGGUGAAAGAUGGUGCAGCUGGAUUGCCCCUCUCCUGCUCCCUGCCAUUCUUCUCCAUCUUACCGUACUAGUGCUGGUGGCCAUCAGCUUCCCUGGGAUCAUGUGCUCAAUAUGUCGCCCCGACCUUCCCACCAUGAUGUCCAUGCGGAGAGACCACUAGUUGAUCACUCUUCUUUUUGCUGGGAAUAUAACAAGGAUCACUCUCAUACUCCCUCUCUUUCAAAUGAAACUCCAAAAUUCGAGUGUUCCAUGGAAUUGAUGAAAGAGAUUGCUACUCUCGAAAUUGAAAUAAUGCGUUUGGAACGAUACUUACUCUCACUUUAUCGGGCAGCUUUUCAGCAGAAUCUCCCAGCUUUAUUGGAAACUCAGAAAAGCCAUUUACAGGGCAAGAUAAACUCACCUACCCAGUGUACAACUGACCAAUCAUAUUCCAGUGUGGAACUAGAUAUGUCAAGAUGUGAUACGGACCAAUAUGAUCGAAUCUCCACUGCAGCUGCUUUGGCUGGUUCAAGUGAUCAGAUGCAGACUGCUAAGAAGUCAGCGUCUAGAAGGGAAAAGUUUGCUGAUUCUAUCCACCGUAGCCUUGCAGAUCAUCUCAGUGCCUCUCGCAUGGAUGACAUUCUUAGUUAUCCUGAUAGGCUGUCUGAAGAAAUAGUCAGAUGCAUAUCCUGUAUAUACUGCAAAUUUGUCAACCCUGAAAUUCUAGCUCAAAAGGGGUUAUCAGUUUCUUCUACUUCAUCAUUGUCAUCAUCGAGCACAUUUUCUCCGAGAAAUCUUUCUGGCAGCUGGAGCCCACAUCACAAUGAGGAUAGCACUGAGAAAUAUGAAUUUGAAGUCUGUAAAGAUGAUAGGCCAUAUUCUACAAUGAUAGAAGUUAUGAAGAUAUGUCUAGAUGAUGAUAGUUUCAAUUAUGCCACAACAAUGCUGCAUAAGUUCAGGUCACUGAUUAAGAGCCUUGAAAAGGUUGACCCAAGAAACAUGAAGCGUGAAGAAAAGCUAACAUUUUGGAUCAAUAUUCACAAUGCCCUGGUGAUGCAUGCUUAUUUAGCCUAUGGAACUCAAAAUUCUGUCAGAAGUCCUUCAAUCUUGAAGGCAGCCUAUAAUGUGGGUGGGCAUUGCGUAAAUGCUUAUGUCAUACAGAGCUCCAUAUUAGGGAUACGACCACACUACUCUGCACCGUGGCUACAGACGCUGUUUUCUCCAGGGAAAAAGCUUGUGGUAGGAAAUUCCAGACACACAUAUGCCAUUGAGUACCCUGAACCACUUGUUCACUUUGCACUCUGUUUGGGUGCAUCUUCUGAUCCUGCGAUCCGGGUUUACACAGCGAAGAAUGUAUUUCAGGAUCUUAAGGCAGCAAAAGAGGAGUUUAUACGAGGUACUGUUUGCAUUAACAAGGACACAAGGAUUUAUCUUCCCAAAAUCAUAUGCUAUUUCGCAAAAGAUAUGUCUCUGAGCAUGGAUGGACUACUUGAAACUGUCAUGGGAUCUCUACCGGAAACUCAAAGGAAACAAGUCAGAUCCUGCAUGAAGAGCAGUCCCGAUAAGUUCAUUUAUUGGUUACCACAAAGUUGGACGUUUAGAUAUUUGAUCCAGAAACAAGUAAUCCAAGGAAGAUUAUCUAUUUAACUGUCAAUAUUAGUAGCUUAGUACUUAUUUCUCUUCUUUAAUUGGUGGGACGUGUCUGUUGGAUAUUCAACAAGUUAAAAGAGAUGUGGUAGUUUAAAAGAUGGGGAUAUGUCCUACCAUAUGACGAGAAGUGUAAGUAAAUUAAGGACUCUCUUUAUCUUUACUUUACUACCACGGUGCCUCCAGUAUGCCACGUAUACUCAAAAUUAUGUCAAGA